AUGAAGUCUUAUUUAUGGAGCUUAGCAUGGAGUUACAACGAAGCAGAAUAUAAGGAAAGGCUGGAUAGGAUUUUGAAUUACGAUGUUGGUGUAUAUGAUGAUGUAAUGAAGACAAAUCCGAAGUCUUGGUGUAGAGCAUACCACAGGUUGGGGCCGUAUUGUGAAGAUGUGGAAAACAAUUCCACGGAGUCUUUCAAUAACACCAUUGGAAAGGCAAGGGAACUGCCAUUUGUCCCUAUGUUCGAGACAAUAAGAAGACUUGCCAUGGCUCGGAUUGCAAAACGAUCGGCAAUCUCUCAUGCUCACAAAGGGAUUUGUACACCAUAUGCGACUGAGUUUCUUAAAGUAGAGAAGAAGAAGGCUACUGAAUGCACAAUUACAAGAAGCACCAACGGAAUGUAUGAAGCAAAGUUGGGUGGAUGUACUCACCGUGUCAGCUCGGAUAGAUGGACUUGCACGUGUAUGAAGUUUGAGAUUUGUGGUAUUCCCUGUGAGCAUGCCUAUGGAGUCAUUCUCCAUAAGAAGCUUAAGGCUGAGGACUUCGUAUGUAAGUGGUUCAGAACGUCUUUGUGGAGAAGAAACUAUACUGAUGGCCUUAUUCCGGUGAGAGGUGCUCGAUUUUGGCCUCAAACGGGUGCUCCGGACGUUCAUAUUCCACCUGAUCCAGACCAACCGGAGAGGAAGAAGAUGACUAAAGCUGAGAAGAAAAGAAAGAAACCGGCUAAUGAGUUUCCAACCAAGAAGCAACCAAAACAUAAAAAGAGAAUAAUGCACUGCGGAAUAUGUGGCCAACCUGAUCACAACUCAAGGUUUCAUAGUAAAAAACAGGCUUCUGGAGCUGGUCCUUCUCAUGUUGCUUCUCCAACUGCUUCUCAAGCUCCUUCUCAAGCUCCUUCUCCAGCUGCUUCUCAAGCUUCUUCUCAAGGUGGUUGUCAUAUCAUCCAUGGAUAUGAAGAUAUGUGUUGA